AUGUUCCUUACAAUAUUGUCCAUUGUAGGAGCCGUCUUGGGAUUUGUAUUCCUCGUGCUUUCAAUUGCAUCGGGGCUUUACUAUGUGUCUGAGCUUGUUGAGGAACAUUCCGAGCCAACGAAACGAUUUCUUUCCAAAGUCAUAUACGGAAUCAUUGCCACUUUGGUAUUGUUAUGGCUCUUUGAUGGAUUCCCAUUUGGGUUGACGCUCUUUUCAGUUGUGUCGUACUGGAUAUAUCUUCAGAACUUGAACAAGUUUCCCUACGUCCAAUUGACAUCGCCGGUAUUCUUAACAUCAUGUGUGUUGGUGAUUGCAAACCAUUUCCUUUGGUUCAACCAUUUCCACCACCCAAAGAUUCCUCCAUUAGAAAUAAGGUUGAGACAUGACUACACGCCACCUCACAUUCCAUCGUUUGUUGAAGUGUGCUCGUUUUUCGGGAUUUGUGUGUGGUUUGUUCCCUUCGCCCUCUUCGUGAGUUUGAGUGCUCACGAUAACUUGUUACCUCAUCAUACUGAAGCACCUAGCGAAGUCCAAAGGAAAAAGAAUAACGGGUUGGCAAAGGUUGUAGUUGCUACAGUGAGAGAUCAUGCAUAUACCUUGGCCAGAACUGUAGGGUGGGAGUUAGACCCAGAACAUGGAAGAAUUGUGUAA